AUGGCUGAGGAUGCUCGCAAAUGGGCUGUCGAAGGGCUGUGCGACGCGCGCUCGCUGCCAGAGGCUCUCACAGAGCGUCGGUUCCCGCUUCUCCUGCACCACCUCGAGAAGCUCGAACAGCACCGCAACUGGCUCCUGGACACGGCAGAGUAUGUGCUGAGGGAGGAUGAACAGAUGAGGCUCUCGGAACGGGACGCGCACUGGCUCGAGGAGGUGAUUCGCCAGAAGAACCGCGACGAGGGCGACAUCCGCUUCUGCGCAAUCGACUUGUCCUGGCGGAGACUGUGCAUCGAGACUUGCAUCCUCGCUGGCGACCUCGAAGACGCCCGAAUCGCCCUCAAAGCCUACUUCACCUCCGACACCUCUGACAGGCGCAAGAUCUACAACCUCCAGCCCGACGGGCUCCAGCACCUUCUCGUCUUCGCCAACGCUUACGACGCGUACAUCGCCAAGGCGGCGGCGGCGCAGGAGAAGGGGAAGAGGGCGCCGCGGUGGCCGUUCAAGGGCUUGCCGAACGAUGGCAAGAUUGACGCCGAGCUGCUGGUGAAGAUGUCAAAGGACUGGGCAUUGUGCGUGUGGAGGCAGUUGCGGAGGAUGAAGAAGCUGUUGCACCAGGCCAGGCCGUACCUCAUGCGUCCCGAAGUCCAGCAGUUCGUUCCGGCUUCGACGAGCCAAUCUCACUCGCAGGACUCGUUGCCGACUCCCGGGCCCAGCUCCGACGCCUUCGGUGCUGCGUCGACAUCCGCACGACAGGCCGAGGAUCGCGGCUCGCCGAGGAAACGACGACGAACCGAGUCUUCCGAUGGCAAAGAGACGCGGCUGCAGGAAGGCGAGGAAGCGGUGGAAGUGAUGCACGUCGAGGUAGUCGUGGAGGCAGAGGAGACGGCCGUCGAGAUGGACGACGCGACGGAUGUCGGCAUUGAGGCCGACCAGACACCUGAACCUCCCGCGAUCGCAGUAGACGCCGGCUCCUCUCCCGUGCGGGCAACUCCACCGCCUGUCGUAUCCGCCGAGCAGCACCCUCCUCCGGUCUCGCCUCGUCGUUCGCCUCGCCUCUCACCUUCUUUACAGCCGACUCCCGAAAGACGCGCUGCCAGCCCUGCGCCGAGUCCGCGACGAUCGCCUCGACCGCGCGCGCGUUCGCCCACUUCCCUCACCGCUCCUUCCGCCUUCCUCGCUCCGCCUUCGCCCAACGACGACGCAGAAUCGCUACCAGAAUCGCAACUUCCGCCUGAGAAGCCGUUCCCGACCGACAUCUUCAGCUUGCUCGCGAAGGGUGCGGCCGAGCAGGAUCAGAAGCUGCGGAGUUCGCGGAGGAUGAGCGAGCCUGCGCCGCCUGCGGAACCGACUCCUCCCCCCGAGCAGACUGCGCCGUCAGAGCCGCAGCCGGCUGUAGCCGAGGAGGAGGCGGACGCACCCCCAGCACGGGAGCCUGUACAACCUUCGCAUCCGGCGCCUCCUCCUGCGACGCCCCUCGGACCUAGCGCAAGCACGAUCCUCAUGCCGCCUCCUCCCGCAACUACCAAGAGCAAGGGAUCGACACAGUCGCCGGCCCCGAACGUCUCGACGACAGCACCUGCCCUUGCCUCUUCGCAAGACUCGGUCGAGCCGUCCUCCGCCGAACCGUCGACGCUGCCGUCCGACAUUUCGGCUGUAGCGGACCUCUCUGGCGAGUCGCAAAACCAGUCUCAGUCGCAGCCACACGCCACAGACGAUCCGCCGCCCGGCCAACCCGCGACCGAACGCAGCGGCAACGUCCCGCCUCUUGCAGGCUUCACCGCGUCAACGUCUGCCUCUCCUGCCGACGUCUCCAUGGACGCGCCAACGCCUGCGCAAGGCGCUAAGCAGCUCGUGCCGGACACGCCCGAGUCGUCUGCGCCGCCUGCCAAGGCUGUCGUUGCCGAGACCGUCGAAGCAGCCGUCUCGGUCACCCUCGUCUCGCAGUCGACGCAGUCAACUUCGUCCGGCUCGGGAACGUCGAACCACGUAUCCGACUCGCAGUCGUUGGCUGGCGAGCCAAGCGGCAGCAAAAGCGUGGCCAUCGUCUCGAGUCUCGAGACCGCCUCCUCAUCGCAGCCCAACCCCUUCACCCAGCCCAUCCUUCCGACUCGUCCCUUCACACGCGGCACUUCGGUCCAGCCGAUCGUGAACGUCCUCGCCACUCCAGCGCAAACAGCCGCGACCGGAACCGGCUCGAUUUCGUCGCAGCAGUCUUCCUUCGGUUCCGACACUUCCGGCCUCACGUACCUCUCGCAUACCGAGAUGGAACGGAUCCAGGAGGAAGCGCUUGCAGCUCAGCGAGCAAAGGAUGCGGAAGCUGAGAAGCGGAGGAAGCGAGCGGAGCGCGAGGCGGCGGAAGAGGCGCGACGGCAGGCUGAGAGGGAGAUGCUUGAGUCGCAGCAGGACGAGGCGAGCCAGGGCAUCCUCGGAACGGAUGAGGACGACGACAUGUCGGCUACGGCAUCGCCGGCGAAUGUCUCUGUCGAGCGGGUCGAGGCGGACGUGGACAGGAUGGAUGUGGACGAAAUGGAUGACGAGAUGCCGCUUUCGCAAGCGCCGGUGACGCAGGCCUUCCCGUCGACCCAGGCUGACUUGGGUGAUGGUACGACACCUGAAGACGGCUCGCCGGUCAAGGGACGUCCCCGUCGACGCAGCUUCAUCGAGGUGGAGAGCGAAGCGGAGAAUAAUGACGCGCCAGACGUGGACGACGAAGCCGGUGGCUUCCUCGAGUUCGUCAAUCUCGACGGGAACGAGUGA